AUGAACGGCGUCCUUCUCCGGCGCCGGCUCUGCACCUUGCCGGAGAACGGAAAGGAGGUAACCGCGUCCGUCCUCAGGCCCAUCAGUCGAUUCCCGGGAAGUAUGCCGGUUCCCCACCGAUCGAUCGCGGAGCCGGUGGGGCAGGACCUUGACUUCGUGACCGUCGCUCACAGCCACCUGGUCAGCGGGGAGUGGCCCCGGCUCGACGCCCUCGCCGGUGGCCUCACACCCUUGCGGGUGAAGCACGUACUCCUGAGAGUCCAGAGGGACCCCGUCCUCUCCCUCGAGUUCUUCGACUGGACUCUGCUCCAGAACCCCGGGCUCCACACCCUAGAGAACCAAGCCCUGAUCCUCCACAUUCUGACCAGAUCCGGGAGGUUCAGGCCUGCCGAGUCCAUCCUGAGGAAGAGUGUCAUCCCGAAGGCAGCGGGGACCGGCCUGGACCUCUUUGACGCCCUCCUCUACUCGUACCGGCUCUGCGACUCGUCGCCGCGCGUGUUCGACUCCCUCUUCAAGACCUACGCUCACAUGAAGAAGUUCAGGGACGCCACCGAGACCUUCCAGAGGAUGAGGGACUUCGGGUUCUUACCGACCGUCAAGUCGUGCAACGCUCUCCUGAGCUCGCUGCUGGAUUUCGAUCGGACGGACAUUAUUUUGACGUUCUACAGGGAAAUGAGCAGAUGCGGGAUUUCGCCGAAUGCGUACACGCUGAACAUGGUUAUGUGCGCUCUUUGUAAUUCAGGGAAACUGGAGAAGGCCAUGGGUGUGUUCGAAGAUAUGGAGAGGAAGGGAUUAAGCCCCAUGAUCACCACGUUCAACACACUGAUCGACGGCCACUGCAAGAAAGGCCUCCUAGAAUCCGCCCUGAAUCUCAUGAACGCGAUGAUAAGCAGGGGUUUGCACCCGAAUGUGGUGACAUACAACACACUCAUCCAUGGGUUCUGCAAGGAAGGCAGAUUAGAAGAGGCGAAUAAGGUUUUCAACAAGAUGAAGACUGCUCAGAUAGGUCCUAAUAUCGUGACCUACAACACUCUCAUAAAUGGCUACAGUGAAGUUAGCAACAGCGAGAUGGGUCUGAGGCUGCGUGAAGAGAUGGUAAGAGAUGGGCUUCAGGCUGAUAUUCUCACUUACAACGCCCUGAUCAUGGGGCUAUGCAAAGAGGGGAAGACGAAGAAAGCAGAGUCCCUGGUGAAAGAGCUCGAAAAAGAGAAUUUAUUUCCCAAUGCUUCGAUUUUUUCUGCUCUCGUAACGGGGCAAUGCAGGAGGCAGAACUCCGAGAGGGCGUUUCAGAUUUAUAAGGCAAUGAAGAGGUGUGGGCAUCAGCUGAAUCCGGAGACCUUUCAUCUCUUGAUAUCCACAUUUUGUAAGAACCAGGAUUUUGAAGGAGCUGCGGAGGCACUGGGGGAGAUGCUCCACGGAUCGAUAACUCCUCAGGAGAGCCUACUGGUUGAACUUGUCGAGGGUCUUCGUAGAUCUGGCAACUCACACUCAACUGUGGGGCUACUAUCAAAAAUCAGCACACAGAUGCGCAUUCCAGAAAAGUUUCUGAAGGAUUUGACAUGCGCUUAA